CUACCACCGCAAAACAAACAAAUUUCCCGCCAAAACGACCGAACAAGCGUGCAGCAAUGGCUUCGCUGGAGGCCAAGAGUCUGAGAAAGGCAGUGGUGCCAUCAACUUUAAUAGACAAUCCAUCUCCUGGAAACCUCCAGUCAACUCGUCUCGCUCUUCAUGUUAACGAGGACGCCUCUUCCUGUUUGGUUUACAUUGCCUCUGGCUGCCACAUCUACAAAGUCCAGAUUAUGAUGGAAGAUUCCUUGGUCAAUGAGGGGAAGGAGAGCCUGCUGAUUCCUCAACAGACACAGGCUAUGGAUGCGUCAUUACUUAACCGAUGCCCCCAUCGUUCAGAAAUUCAGAGUAUAGUGCUUGCAGAAACUGAUAGUAAAGGUUACUUUGUGUUGGGAAGUGUGGAUUCUUAUGGUCACCUUAUUGUCUCAAAACUGGAUACUAGUGGUAAAGAUGUCGAAAGGCUUACCUAUUCAGUGUUGCCUCAGGAUUGUGGUGUUGGAGAAGGUAGCUGGGCGGGGCUUUGCUUCAGUCCAAGUCAAUGGUCCAUGGCAGCUGUGGCACGUAGCUUUAGCAAAAGCAUUGAUGUUUAUGAUCAAGAUAUCCACCUCAGGACUUUACGCACACUCUGGUAUCCAUCUUCAUUGAACUUCAUGCAGAAUUUAAGUAAUGGAAAUGGAAGUUCAAUAUUAGCUGUCACUGAAGGCUGCCAGCUGACUUUAUGGGACCUGAGAACGAAAGAAAAUGGUGGUUGUCUACGUCGAAUUUGCGGCUCUGUUGGUGACAAUUUAUAUGCUGCCUGUGGUUCUCCAACUGGUAAUGUUGCAGUGGCAGGAGCUGACCGUACUGUGACAAUUUAUGAUCCUCGCAGAUGGUCAGCACUAUCAAGAUGGGCGCACUGUUCAAAAUAUGAGAUAACUGGACUUGCUUUUUCAUCAAUCAACUCUGAUUACAUCUAUGUGCAAGGGGUUGAUUAUGAGGUCUUUUGUGGGCAGUGGAGAGAAAGCAGUAAGGUAUUUUCAUUUAGAGGAGACUCAAACUGGCUUGGGUUUGGUAAGUGCCCUGACACGGAUGUAUUGGGUGGUUGGUCCGAUUCAGGAAGCAUCUUCGUGGUUGAUGUUGUUGCUAAAGAUAGUGAUAUAAAGUUAUAAACUCGUUGAAAGGUCUAAUUAACGGAUUUCCCUGGUGGUGGUUCAGCUAUCCUCUCAUCUUUCAAGUUACUUUUUAGUUACGCAUCAAAGAAUUUCGCUAAAUCAGAAGCCUUGACCUCAAUGUCUGCUAGCAGUCAUUUCGGGGAACCCACAUAUGCUCCAAUCAAGCAUGUCAAUUUAAUGAGAAAAAAGGCACUCCGCAAGGAAAAUGAAUGUAUUUUUAUCUUCUUGUGCACAAAAUUCCGUAUAUAUAAGGAUGAUUUCAGUUU